GGCGCCCAGCACCUUCCGAUCCUCAUUUGAGAUGACGAGUGAGAACUUCACCAGCUUCACGCGACCGUUUGCUGUGCAUUUCAUCCAGCAUCACCCAAUGACCAUCGGACAUCACCGCUAGUUAAUGAAUUAUAUUCAGAAAGCCCCAGCGAGUGAGUGCGCCGUCUUUGGACAAAGAAGAUCGAUCGACGUGGCGCUGAAGCCAGCAUCUUUGUGAGGAGGUCGUGAUCAUGUCUGAGGAGCAGGCAAACAGCGCCGAAGCGCUUCCUUCGCAGCCUUCAACAGAGCCAUCGCCAGCAUCAAAUGGCAAUGAAGCCCAAGCACCCCAGCAACAACCCAGCGAAGCCGAACCGCCCAGGCCCAAACCAUUCUCAUGGCUCGACCCGCAUCCUGAAAUGGUCACCGUAGGCCUCGGCUCCAAAGACGCCACACAGUUCAAUGUGCAUCGAGACCUCCUCACUAGUCGAAGCGAAUACUUCCGCAAUGUUUUCGAAGAGCGUGAGCGCAAGGGCAACAAAAGCCAGCCUCUGUUUAAUAUGCCCGAUACAUCAGUGGAGGUAUUCGGCCUGCUACAAAAAUACCUGUAUACCGACCAAGUGGCGGCGGACGCUGGGCCGCCGUCCUUUGAGAACCUGAUCGAGCUGUGGAAGCUGAGCUACGUCCUCAAAAUCGAAGGUCUAGGCGACAAGGCGCUGGAGGCGAUGAAGGAGCAGAGACGGAUAUCACAGCAGAUCCCAUCGACACCACUGCUCAUCUUGGUUUGGCGGGAUUGCCCCCAAGGUUGCAAGAUUCGCGAGCUCCUUCUCACAUGGGCUGCCGAGUACAUGCGAUCUUCCGAUUCGAAAGCCGAGUUUGCGCAAUCUCUACCCAAGUCUGUUCUUGCGGAGCUCGUCGUCACGAUGAGCACCUUUGACGACUCGCCUCUCCAAGAUGUUUAUCCCCCCACCGACAUGCCAGCGCCGCCUCCACGAAAGAACGUUCACUAUCUCGACUCGCUCAGUGACGAGGAGGCUUUGAACAGCCUCAAGCGCUCCCGUCGCGUAAGCAGCGGUCUCUCUGUGCCGGGUGCAUUAUCAGAGUCUAGGACGGCAGCCAACAGUCUCGGUCGGAACUCUCGGCCUUCGCUCAAUGGGCAGAUGCAGAAGGUCAAGCGACGGUCUAGCGCACACGUGUUGGGAGACAGGAACUACAGUACAUCACAGAAGUUGGACUUCUGCGCAGAUCUGCUAGCAAGGAUGUUGUCUGGACCAGGUUUCUGGACACGUCUUGUCGGACCCUUCAAAGAACCAGUCAUGCCGGCAGAAGAUGGCGUGCCGGACUAUUUCGACAAGGUGAAGCGACCGAUGGAUCUUACCACCAUCAAGAUCAAGAUGGAUCGAAGAGAGUACGGAAACGAGGAAGAGUUCGUGGCCGACAUGCGCCAAAUUUUCGAGAACUGCUUUGCUUACUGGAAGCGUGACACCCCAAUGUACCAGGCUGGGGAGAAGCUCCAGAAGACAUUCGAGGAGAAGUACCGUGGCAUGAACAAAUGGAUCUCCAAGAUGGGAGGGGAAGAAGGCACUUGAAUGACGUGGCGUUAUUCUGCGAGGCUACUUUUCACGUACGGCUCCAUGGGUCUCCUGACGGGCUCGUUAUUGUUUGUUGUACCACUAUCAUUGUCUGUACCAACAGAUUCUCGGAGAUGAGGAGUUUUGCAAGUCUUUAGUGUCUGGGCCUCGGGUAGAAGCUUACAGCUCUGGAGACAGCUUAGUAAAAGUAAUAAAGUGCAUGCUUAGUAUUCAGGCAUGCAUCACCACCACUAUGUCGCGAUAGGAUAACCGAUAUUAAUGGACACCAAUGUCGAUCUAUGGCGAGGGCUGACUAGCAGGCAUCGUGAGCACGAGGAAGAUGCUUGUGGCAAAAAGGGAAAUAAAAACAAAUGCGUGAUCUGGGAAUCGAACCCAGGGCUCCCCGACGUUGCUCGGAUGGCAACGGAGAAUUUUAC